GCAGCCAACUCGCCCAUCUCGCCCCCGUUCGCUGGUCACUCUUUAACCAAGAACGGCAAGAAGCCAUCCCCUCCGCCGGAGGACAGAUUCUCCAUCUCUCCGCCGCGAGACGCGAAUCUGCGGCCAAAAUCCUCUUAGGAUUCCUUCCUUCCCUUCUCCCCGCCUCGAUCACGCCCGCUGCGCCAGAAGCCGGGCUCGCCGGGGACCGGGAUGCCCUGCUGCCCCCUGCCGCCGCUCGGAGUCGGGCCGCGGCUGCGCUCCUUCCUCCGCGAUUACGACGCGCUCCAGUCCCUCGCCCUCGCACUCAUCUACCUCCAGAUUGGCUGUGCACUGAUUGGAUCACUUGGGGCAUUGUUCAAUGGGGUUCUUGUGAUCAACCUGGUGAUAGGGCUUUUUGCUGUUGUAGCGAUUGAGAGUAGUAGCCAGAGACUUGGCCGGGCAUAUGCUGUCCUUCUCUUCUUCGCUAUUGUCCUUGACGUUGCAUGGUUUAUACUCUUCUCACAUGCUAUAUGGACUAUCGCUCCUGACAAGAAGUAUGGCCAACUAUUUGUUUUCUCACUCAGACUAGCAUUGUGGAUGCAAAUCAUUGGGUUUUCAGUCAGGUUUUUGUCUUCGUUCAUAUGGAUCCAAAUGUAUAGGUUAGGGGCCUCUUCCAGCACGCCAACAUAUUUUGAAGCAAAUCAUGAAGCAAGAAAUAGUUUUUUAAGCCCCAGAUCUGAUUCAGUUAGACGGAGUUCCAUGGCAGAUGAUAUACUGGGAGGUUCAAUUUACGAUCCUUCCUACUACUCGUCACUCUUCGAGGAUGUACGAAACAAUGCAUGCAAUCAUCAGGGUGAUAAACAAAGUGGUAGUAAUGAUAGUGGGUCAACAUCUGCGAGCCAAUCUCCACGGCUUAAAUCUUUUGCUUGUAGAUCGCUUCUGGCUAAUGAUGUGGAAAGUGGACUAAGAAAACCCCUGAACUCCUAGUGGAACAAACAGAGGACUCAAGUUGAAGAUGGUGCUUAUUUUGUGAACUUAAGUCCUGUAGCCACCGUUCUUUUUGAAGCAUAGAGAUUUGUACAGUGCAAAAGUUCAUUUCUCGGACCAGACAAUUUCCAAAUGAAAGGAGAUCAAGAAAGACUGCAACAAUGAUCACCUGUGCUGCUGUGCAUUCGUGAACUUAUACAGGAGUUUUUGGUGCCACUGCAUGUGGAACAUCAUUUCUGCUCGGUGCACUUGAGCUGGAUGGUUUCGUAAAGAGCAAUUGAAUGUUGAUGUUGCACAUUGGUUUAUGCCAUGUGACAUGCUUUCCUGCUCAGUAUGGUCCAUUUUCCAGACCUCUUUCUUGGCUGUUUCUCUGAACUUUCUAGGAAAUGAAGCUGGUAGUAAGUAGUAGUUAUGUAGUCACUCGGUUCUUCUCUUAGCUUUAGACUGGAGAUUCUUCUUUCCUAGCAUUUUGGUCAUUGUUUAUAGGCUGCACAUCUCUGGAUCAGUAAAGGAAAAGAAAUAUAAAUUUCAUUCGGAUCAUGAAUACCUUCAAGGAAUAUCGUAUCGGGAUUAAAAUUCUUGUUGUGAGGCUUU